GUCCAGUUAUACCAGGCGAAAGCACAACGAUGACAGCAUGUGCUGUAAGUGAAUCUUCAACUUGUCAGGAGAGUUGGCCUGUCACAAUGUUGAAUUGCUAUAACUACAAUGUUGCAUAUCUAGAACCAAAUGGAAAUUGUUCAAGAUACUGUAUGGUGAGCAACGAUUCCUACAGUCAGACGAUGAAUCAAUCUAGUUCUAUGAAUCCCUUUUCUCAAUCAUCAUCGUAUGAACCAACAGUUUCACCAGAUAAUUUAAACGACUCGUCAACAGUACCUUACUCUGGAUAUCAACCACACGCCACAUCAGACAUGUCUGGCACAUGGUCACAAGAUAUAAUGUAUUCUGCAUCAAAUUCUGGAUAUCAACCACAUGCCACACCAGUUAUGUCUGGCACAUCGACACAAGAUACAAUGUAUUCAGCACCAAAUUCUGGAUAUCAAACGCACGCCACACCAGUCAUGUCUGACAAAUGGUCCCAAGAUACAAUGUAUUCUGCACAAAAUUCUGGAUAUCAAUCACAAGUCACAUCAGUCAUGUCUGACACAUCGUCACAAGAUAUAAUGUAUUCUGCAUCAAAUUCUGGAUAUCAACCACAUGCCACACCAGUUAUGUCUGGCACAUCGACACAAGAUACAAUGUAUUCAGCACCAAAUUCUGGAUAUCAAACGCACGCCACACCAGUCAUGUCUGACAAAUGGUCCCAAGAUACAAUGUUUUCAGCACCUAAUUCUGGAUAUCAACCACAUGCCACACCAGUCAUGUCUGACACAUCGUCCCAAGAUAUAAUGUAUUCUGCAUCAAAUUCUGGAUAUCAACCACAUGCCACACCAGUCAUGUCUGACACAUCGUCCCAAGAUAUAAUGUAUUCUGCAUCAAAUUCUGGAUAUCAACCACAUGCCACACCAGUAAUGUCUGGCACAUCGACACAAGAUACAAUGUAUUCAGCACCAAAUUCUGGAUAUCAAACGCACGCCACACCAGUCAUGUCUGACAAAUGGUCCCAAGAUACAAUGUUUUCAGCACCAAAUUCUGGAUAUCAACCGCACACCACACCAGUCAUGUCUGACACAUUGUCCCAAGAUACAAUAUAUUCAGCACCAAAUUCCGGAUAUCAACCGCAUGCCACAUCAUUGCUCUCUGGCACAUCGUCCCAAGAUACAAUGUAUUCAGCACCAAAUUCUGGAUAUCCACAAUCAAACACAAACUAUUUGUAUGAACAAGCAUCUUCCGAGGAAAUAUUCUCAGAACAUCAUUCUUUUUACCAAUUAUCGAGCACUGAAUCUUGGAAUAUUAAACCAACGUCUGUCCAAGAAGAAGCAAUGUCUACUGGCUUUCUAUUAACUGAUUCAACCACACCGUUAGAAGGCAAUUAUUCGUUCAGUGAGACUAUAUAUCCGUCAAGUUCCACUACUCCCCCCUCUGAUGUAUUCGUGUAUGAUUCAUCCAUGUCAACAAUGAAUUCAGAUGCAUCUUAUACAGCACCAAAUCAGCUUUCAAGCACAUACACUUUUCAUCAAACAAAAUCUUCCGAAACACUGUAUUCAGAGCCAGAAUCACAUUACAAAUCUUCCACUGAGUCCUGGAACAUUCAACCAACAUCUGUUUUAAAUGAAAUGAUGUCUACUACUUCUCCAGAAUCAACAACUCCAGCAGAUGAAAUUGUACUGAGCGACUUUUUAAGUCUGUCAGUUGAUUCAAGCGUACCAACAUUCAAUCCUACUUCAACAGAUCGACAACUGAUGUUUAAAUGUCAAUACUAUCAGUAUGGAAGCCCGAUUCUAAAUGAUUUACUUUUGGACGUUAAGUGGGAGGUCAACGACGUAUUAAUUGUUGAAAAAUACAAUCUUACUCUCUCUCAAAUGCAGACAGAAGGAAGGAUUACAAAAACGGAUCUUACAAAUGCAGGAAUAACAAUGGGUUUCGAUGUAAAAUGUGGUAUGCGUUUAAGCGCCUCUAGCAACAGUACAUACCUCGAAAGUUAUCCUCGCUAUGCUGGGAUGGAGGUGUGGCCCAAACAUAUGUCGUUAUCUAGUGGAGAAUCCGCAAAGAUUUACGUAUGGACAACAGUUCCCGUGGCAUGUAUGUAUGAUAGUAGCAGUGCUUGUGACUUGACCUUAGAAAUGAAUAAUUUCAAUGAGGAGUUUACAUCCGGUGCACCAAUGUCCUGUAAUCAAUCAAUUACAGAGUUGACAAAACCUUCUGUAUGUGGAUUGGUUCUGGAUGGAUGGAAAACAAACAGCUGGCAAAUACUAGAUAUAAAACUUCCCGAAAACACUGCUCAAGACCAAGAAUACACAGCAAAACUACAACUACGUGUGGCUUUUUCAAUAUAUGACAACUUCUGGGUCAACUACGUCCUUCCAGAAAUUACAAUCAGUGUUAUCAACACAAAUGUGACAGAAAGUUAUUGGAAUUGGUACGGGUUUUGCUUCACUGGGACUGAUCCAUGGUUUUUUACUACUGACUGGCGAUGGUACGAUUUCCACGAUGAAGGAGAAUUCUCACUCUUCAGACAUAAAACGAAACCAAUCGAAGUGAAUACAAUUCAACGAAGAUUCGAAAGUCAUCAUUCAUGGACCGAGCAUUGUGCGAUCGCCGUUCGUGCAGCAUCAGACGUUUUCAUUAUCUAUGGAUGUGGUAGACCUACCAAAUGGAUUGUUCGAAGACUUGGUUGUCAAACUGGUUCCGAAUAUUUGGAAGUGUAUCAUCGAUGGGGAACAUAUGAGAUUGUUCUGCCGACUGGUACAAGAGUAUAUGUAUGGAUUGCAAUGAACAGAAGAUUGAAUGUAUACAUUACUUUUUCACGUAAGGAUCGGUACCAAACAGAAGGUUUGUGUGGUACAUGGAAUAACAAUUGGGAAGAUGAUUUUACUGGAAGAGACGGAAAAGUUUAUGACAGAGCAUAUCCAUUUGCUCGAACUUGGAGUGUUCCAGCCAGUGACAGUUUAUUUAUUGCAAAAACUAGAACGGAAAAGUUAAGCCAGUCGUUUAUGUACUGCACAUGCCUUGGUGAUAGUGGUGGCACUUUAAAUGGACUGUCGGCAAAUGUAGAUUGCUCAUGGAAGGAGAGUUUGCCAGUUUGUCCACCAUUAAACUUUGGCAAACAAUCAUGCGCAAUCCGCUCUAAGCGUUCAACAGAUGGAGAUGAUGACGAUCUAACGAUUGAUAUAUCACCGGAUAUUCUUACUAAAAAGGAACAUGCAGAACGUACCACUGAAUGGAUAAAUGGAUGGAACGAAUCAAGUGCAGACGAUGCAUGCAACAGUUAUUUCAAGGAUUCGAUUUUAUUCGAUGCGUGUUCAUCGCUGUCCAAUGUAAAUGUGUCAUCUGCAAUAACGAACUGUGUCCUAAAUAUAAAGGUAUCCGGAACUGAUGAGUAUAUGGCAGAUGCAUUUGAAAUGUUUAAAACAGAAUGUUCAAAUGAAGUAAGGACAAAUAAUUCACUGUGGACCGAAACAAAUGAUGAUGGAAAUAUUGUAGCUCAAGUGGUCGUUGGGAAAUUAUGUCCAUUUGACUGCAAAUAUAAAGGAAAACAACUUGGUAACUGCGUGCAAGGGGUAUGCGCCUGCUAUCAAAACUUAACAGGUGGUGAUUGUCGUGUUAACAUGAGUGCAUCACCACAAAUAUUGACAAAUGUUACAGAUGAAUCAUUCUGUGAUACAUCUAAACGAACAUGUUCUCAUUUCUCUGUGUUUGGAGAAAACUUCUACGAAUCAAGUAAUCUGGGAUGCUUGAUACAGAAAGCUGAGAUCAUAAACAACGUAUUAACGGCAAAUGGAACAAGAACUACCACGACGGGCCAGAUGGAAAACAUAGGAGAGGUUAAAUGUCCAGUCAGCGUAAAUCGACGAAAGAAGAGAUCUACGACAAAUGAAACAACUAUACAGUACUACCUUGUGUCAGUGACCAACGAUGGUGUCACUUAUAGUGACUCUGUACCGCUGAUAUUGUAUGAUACAUCGUGUUACACGUGUACAACUACAGAUUCCAAUGUCAACUGUCAAUUACGGUCUGAUAUUUGUGUUGUUGAUGGUAUAUGCUAUAGUUCAUCGAGUUCGCAGUGUCCUUCUGAUGAUUCUGAGAGUAAACUGUGGAUCAUUGGCAUUGUGAUAGGUGUGCUGUUAGUCGUUAUCAUUGUCAUAUUGUUAGUCAAAUGGUGCAAAAGUCCAAGGCGUGUGUUUCCUUUAUGUGGAGAAGAUAAUGCUGACAAACCUUCAAGUAGUGAACUCUAUGAAGCAGUGUCACGUGGUAAUACACCAGAACCAAUGACAAGAGUCAACUUAUAGACAGAGCAGUUUCAUAAAAUUCCGGUUUUGCAAUCUCAUUAAUGUAUAGACCUUUAAUUAUUUCUAAAAAUGUGUUUUAAUAUGAGACAUAAAGUGUCCAGUUCUUGCUGAACACAGAACCAAUAAUUUUUGGCAUAGUACAAGUUUUAUCAAUAUUUAACGAGAUUUAUUAUGAUGAUUUUAUUUCAUGAGAAUUAAAGUAGAAGGUUUAGUGAGAGUUAUUUAGUCUAUCAAACUGCUACAAUAUUACAGCUCUUUCAACCUGUAUAAUAUGUUUCAAUAAAAAGAUGUAUUUAAGGCCCGUUAGUAAGAAAGUGUUUGGUGUCAAUGGUGACGUUUUGAUAGUAAUUUUGAGGAAUUCAUUUUGCUAAGGCCAUUUCAAACAUUUAAUUAAUUUAAAGGGAAAACAUUAGGUCGAUAGCCAACUUUUAAUUUUCGACGAAAUGGUCCUUAUUUGAAUUGGAAAGUAUCUUAUUCACUAGACCUUGUGAUUAUAAAAUUAUAUGUGUCAAACAUUUUUUAGUUUUAACUUAUUGCAAAUGUACGCGCUCAUAACAACUUUCAUUUCAAAGAAACUUAAUUUACUUCAACAACUAAGAUAUAAGCAUUGUACUCUCUUCAUAUGAAUGUAUAUUCUAUUCUGUUUUUCAUAAUAUUCUGUUUUUAACUAUACAUACCAUGUCAUACACAGUUGCUCUAUUUUGAUAAAACGAUGCCGGUUAUAUAUAUCUAGAGAUUACCAUGUUCGCCUUUUCUAUUUGACAAUCGGAUGCAACUUUGUUUUUCAUUAUUUUGUAUUUUUAUUCAUGGACAUGAUGUUGGUUUUUUUUCAAAAUUAUGAUUUGACCAUUAUAACAUAUAUUGUUAUAUAAUUGUUU